AUGUUCCUUUGUGAGAAGUGUAACAAGCAUGUUAUAAAAGUCUUUCCAAGAUAUAGGAUUAAGAUCCGAGUUAUUGACUCUUCCGAUUCAACCACAUUUGUCCUCUUUGAUAGGGAUGCAACUACCCUUUUAAAAAAAACUUGUGCUGAUAUGUUAGACACUCAUGAUAAGUUUGAUGAGUUAGUUGAUAGAAGUCUGCUUUUUAAAGUGGAAAGUAGGAACGAUCAGAAUUUCAAACUUGAGCAGUCUUUCAGAGUGAAGAAAAUAUGUGUUGAUGAUGAUAUAAUUGAGAAAUUCAAUGAUUCUUCGUUGAAAUCUGUGGAUGUUUAUGCUGGGAAUGGUGAGUUUAGCAGGGAAAAAAUGAAUAUAGUCAAUGAGUCCACUGUUAAUAUUUCAGAGGAUUUAUUAGUCCGAUUUACCAAAGAAACAAUUGAGUGUGGAUCCCAAUCACCUGAACUAAUCCAAGAUAAUCCAACCAACGAUGAUGCUAACAGUUCACAUAAGAGAGAAUAUGGAAAGAAGACUGCAUCACUUGAAUCCAUCGAAGAAGACAAUGUUCCAUUGAAGCUUUUAAAAAGAAAUAUUAAGAAGGAAAAAGCAGUGAUUUGA